AUGGAGGUCAUUAAAGAGGAGAACCUGAUGGAAGUUGAAGAGGAAAGUGAAGAACUGAAUAAAAAGAAUGUGUCACAAAAAAGAACUCAGAGAACUGGAGCUAGAAAUUCGUGCACCUGCGGUCAGUGUGGAAGGAGUUUCACGUGUAAGGGAAGCCUGAAGGAUCACAUGAGAAUCCACACUGGCGAGAGACCUUUCACAUGCAAGUACUGUGGAAAUGGGUUUAAACAAAGAGCAAGCCUUACAGAACACAUAAGAAUCCACACUGGAGAGAAGCCGUUCAAGUGCAAUCAGUGUGAGAGGAGUUUUCGACAAAAAGGAAGCCUUAGAGGGCACAUGAGAGUUCACAGUGAAGAGAAGCCUUUUACAUGCCAGCAGUGCGGGAAAACUUUUGCACAAAGCGGAAACUUUCAGACUCACUUAAAAACUCACUCUGAUGUGAAGCCGUACAUCUGUCCUCAGUGUGGGAAAGGUUUUAGAGUGGCAGGAAAGCUGAAAGCACAUGAGAGCGUUCACAACGAUGCGAAGGAAGUGAAGCCGUAUCACUGCGCUCCAUGCGGGAGGAGUUUCACCCAAAUGACCGCUCUUAAAAGACAUUUAAAGUCAUUCAUACAUAAUAAAUACCUGCUGCUAGAGAAAUUCAUGCUCCUCAGGAGAGAAUGUGUCACUCACUAAAACACAUUUCCUGCAGUGAAGUUCUUGCCAUCUUGAUAAAGUCUAUUAAACAAAUAAUUAAAACAUGUC